AUGUCGUUUAUGCUAUACGCCUUUCCCCCCCCCCCAUCACUCCUCCACCUGCAGGACCAAGGCAAGGUGCUGGUGACCAUCAUCUACACCAUCACCGCCCCCACCGCCGCCCCCAUCAACACCGCCCUCGCCGGCAUCAACUCGCCCCCCGUCGUCGGCACCGCGGCGGCUGGCGACAACAUCUGCACCUCCACCCUGCUCGGCUCGCUGUGCAACGGCACCGUCUUCACCGGCCUCAAGGUCACCGACGGCUGCGCCACGACUGCCCAGCAGUGCAUCCCCAAGACCCUGCGCGACAAGCGCUGCGUCGUUGACGGCCCCGCCAUCGGUGGCUACACCUUCAUCCGCGCCGCCGGCCGCGUCGCGCCCUUCGUCGACGCCAACGCCGAGAUCGUCGCCACCGACGGCGAGAUCACCGCCGACAACGGUGGCGGCCGCCGCCUGCUGCAGAAGGUCCGCCAGGCUACCUUUGAGGCGUGCUGCGUCAGCCCCAAGCAGAGGGAGCCCCCGACUGGCACUGCCUCCACCUGCAAGAAGAUCAACGUCGGCAAGAAGUUCACCAGCCUGGCCCGCUUCAAGCCCACCUCUUGCAAGUGUGCCAACGUCCGCGAGUUCGUCCAGGGCGCCAUGACCACCAAGCUGCCUAAAACCACUGUCACUCACAUCCCGGCCAACUACCCCUUCAGCGUUGGGUUCGCUGCCAAGGUGUGCGUGCCCAAGCCCACCAAGAGCAACCCCCUCAAGUGCACGAACAAGUUCCUGACUGCUGGUGCCGCCACCGCCACUUGCAACAACGGCACCCUGGGUCUGGAGUUCGAGUCAGUGCAGCGAUUUGUCAUCGGUCGCCAGCACACCAUCGUUGCCACGUGUUCGAAGAGCAGGUUCACCGACAUCUCGUCGUGCGCCACCGCCAGCGACUCAACCGUCAGCCCCACGCUGUCCGGUGGUGUCACGAUCACCAACAAGGACUUCGACGCCGGCUGUGUGUGCAAGUCGACCGGCCGCAAGCCGGUGCUCAACCUCAUCACCACCGAUGUCCUCGUGGGCCAGCAGUGCCUUGCAUAA